GCAUGGUAAAUUAUCAGGUAGUGUGUUCACAGAUGAGAUGGCACCAAAGCUUUUUUGUGUCUAAAUACUUUUUGUUGACAGGAAAUACUUCAAUUCAAAGGUAUCAGCUCUUCCUUUCAGGAACCGAAAGCUCUCUGAUUUAUUGCAGUUAUGAGAUGUCAAGCGGUUUUGCACCUUGCUGUUGCAAUUGUCGUCCUCAUAACCUGGCUAAUCGCCAUCAAUUCAUUCGAUGUACAGGAGAAAGCAAGACAUAUUCUUGGGGUUAAUGUCAUUGAUCAAAUCACACUGAAAUUCAAAGCAGUUUCAGCUACAACAACACCCAAGCCAAAAUGCAGCCUCUCCAGAGUCUGUCCACCUGACCAUUUUGCUUUACGCAUCAACAGCGGAGCAGCUAACGUUGUUGGACCAAAGAUCUGUUUUGAUGGCAAAAUCAUUAUGAGCCAUGUGUUGAAUAAUGUGGGACCGGGACUGAACAUUGCGGUGCUAAAUGGUGAAAAUGGAAUACUGGAAAAAUGUGGCUACCUUAAUUUGAAACUUGGAAACCCAGAAGACAUCCUGGCAUACCUGAAGGAGAUAAAACCUGGAAUGAUUGUCUUAGUGGCCUCGUUUGAUGAUGUGGCAACAAAAAUGACAAAAGAAAUGACGGAGGUGUUCGUCGGAAUGGGAAGCACUUUGAUCAAGUCUGUAAAACACAGAGAUAGCUGGGUGUUUGCUGGAAGAGCAGGGACAGAAAACAGAAGCCUCUUUGAGAAGCAUGCUGUUAAUGAUGAGAAAACCAACAUUUAUGAAAGAUGGCCGGAGAUGGUGGAGGUGGGCGGCUGUUUACCAAGGACCCAAACUGAUGGACAUAAACCUUAAAGGAUGUUUGUGAUGAAGAGGAGAAUAUGACUUAUUUAAGACAUCUCUGGAAAAAUUAUGACACUCCCAAUAGUUUUACACUAUUUUCUGAAACUGGACUUAAUAUUUAUCUAAAAUGAUAAGUCUAUGUUACUCUACUUUGUAGUUUUACUAUUGCUGUCUGUUCAUCCUGGAAGAUGGCUCCUUCCUCUGUUGCUCUUCCUGAAAUUUCCUUGAGUUUUUCUAUAUCCCAAAUCAAGGGUCUAAGGAUUUUGUACAGAAUGUAAAGACGUCUGAGGCAAGUUUGUCAUUUGUGAUUCUGGGCUAUAUAAAUAAAACCCACUGGACUGGGCUACUACUGUUAAUAGUAGCCUAAUAGAAAAUGUACACUUUGACACAUUGACUUAGAUUACCUAUUGUUGCUGAACUAUGGAAUAUGUCAACGGUUUUGUCCCUGUGGGAUAAAACCAACAAUAUUCUGCUUCCAGGUGGGUGGAGGAUCAUUUAUCAUUUAAUUAUCAUUGAAGACCAGAUGCUCAAGUUUUUGCUAUCUGCCCAUUUUUUAUCUCAUAUUUCUCACUUUUUUCUUUACUUUCCAUUUGUAGCACAUUUGUUGGAUACUAUUCCAUUUCAGUACCAGAAGUACUCAGAACCUUUACUAUAGUAAAAGUACAGAUAAAACCGUGUAAAAACACUCAGUUAUAAGUAUUACUCCUGCAUUC